GAGACACCCGAGACACCCAAAAAGAAAAAAAUGGAUCCUCCAAAUCUCCUUCUCUUGCUUCUUCUCACCUUGGCUUACACCAUCGACGCCCAAAAUUUCUUCCCAACGCCCUACUGUGGUUCGACUGGCAACUUCACCGCCAACAGCACCUACCAAACCACCCUCACCGCCCUCCUCUCCUCCAUCUCCACCACCAACUCCUUGUCACUCACCUACGGCUUCUUCAACGCCUCCUCCGCCGUCUCCGGCGCCUCCCAAACCCUCUAUGUCAUCGGCUCCUGCCGUGGUGACCUCCCUGCUGAGAGCUGUCGUGCCUGCCUCAAUGCCUCGACCUUUGACAUUCGUGACCUCUGCCCCCUCCAGAAGGAGGCGGUCCUCUACAGUGACAACUGCACCGUUCGGUACUCUAACGCCUCGAUCUUCCGCACAGUCAACAUCGACCCUAACUACAAACUAUACUUCGACGAGAACUUCACGAGCCCAGACAAGGACAACGCUGCGCUGCAGACGCUGCUGGACCGUCUGCCGGGUGAGGCAGCGGGCGGCGGCUCACUGAGGAAGUACGCGACGGCCAACAUAUCGGUGUUUACACACGAUCUACGCGAUGACACAAUGCACGCCGGACUUGACCAACCAGCAAUGCGUCGACUGCCUGGUGACAGCCAUCGGGAGAUUUGAGAAGUGCUGUGCUGGGAAGAUGGGAGUGAGGAUCAUGGCCCCGAGUUGCCAGUUCCGGUACGAGGCCUAUCGGUUCUUCGACCCGGUGGGUGAGCCACUUCCGCUGCCCCCUGCGCCCCCUCCGCCACCAGGUGGAAAGAGCAAUUCAAAUAGGACUGUGAUCAUUGUGGUCACCACAAGUGUUUCUGCGGUUUUCCUUGUUGGUGUUAUUGUACUUCUGAGAGUGAAAAGGAAGAAGCAGCCCAGGCAAAGAG